AUGCACUUCCCGAUGGUCCUCUCACCAAUGGUGGUCAACAACAUGAGUGCACCUCCAUCGCCAUCCUACCCAGCCAUCAAGACCGAGGACCAAGGCGGCAUGGAGUACAUGAUGUAUGCUUCGUUCGAUCUGCAGUCUCCUCCCACACCUCAGCAGCAACAGCAGGUGGCAGCAGCAGCGGUGGCAGCAGGGAUGGCGCAAGCGACAACAACUGCUCAUCACGUUCUACCCACUCAACGGUCACCUCACGACCCCACCCUUUCACAACAUCACCAACAACAACAACAACAACAACAACAACAACGGAUGCUGCCUUAUGACGAGGUCUCUCUAAUGCACCACCAACAACGACAGCAGCACCACCAUCAACAGCAGCAGCAGCAGAUGAGGUUACAGCAUCAACAGCAGCAACAGGCUCUCGAGCAACAACACCACCAACAGCAGCAACAACAGCAACACUACCAGCAGUAUCAUCCUUCCCCGCAUCAACCGUCGUCGUUGAUGUACGACAACUCUUCCUCGUCUCCAGUUGGCAGUCGGCCGUCGAUUUCUUCUGAUAUAUCCCUCUCCAUGCUCGUCUCCGUCUCGACCCCUGUCAGUGCCAGCUCAAGCAGCAACAACACUCCUGGCGGUGGCUCUGGAUUGAUGAUGCCAUCCCCUACCUCGGCGAAUCCCGCCAAUUUGUCCACAACGUCGUCUACGACCUCCUCUACUACUGGAUCCGCUUCCUCGAUGCCAUUCUUUAACGCUCCACCUCCACCACCUUCAAACUCUUCGAUCUCGGCCACGGCCACGACCUCGACCACUGUCACCAAGGAGGAACCUUCAUUGGCAGGGAGCGGAGCGGCGGGGUCUCAAAAGCUCAACACAGCUACCAUGAUGGCCUCUUUUCAACACCAAGGAAGUCGUACCUCUUCUUCUUCCGCCUCCUCUGCCUCUCACAACCCUACUGGUCACCACCAACAGCAGCAGCAGCAGCAUCAUAACCACCCUUACUCCUCCAUCUCAAUGGGCGCCGGAACUGGAACUGGAGCUGGAAUGGGGUCGAUCCACCACCACCAGCAACAUCAUCAUCAACACCCUAUUUCUCCAAAGCGCCAGCGGACGGACUCUGGCCACCAGGCUCUUGCCCUGGCUCAACUGUCGCCUACUUCAAUUGAGUCAUCUGCUUCAGCAGCAGCAGCAGGGAUUGCUCUCUCGGACUUUGCCGCCGGUGAACCCUUUUCCUCCCUAACUGGUGCCUCUACUAGCACGAGUGCUGCUACAGCAUCAGGAGGUGCUGCGACGACGAUUAUGACGGUGCCGCAUCCUACCAGCACCUCCGCCAUUUCAGAAUCAGCGACCUCUUCGAAACAGACCAUUUCUGAAACACUCUCGAGCAGGACGACGAGCGCGACUCGGUCACGGCUUGGGAAAGACACUCGAACCGCCAAGGGCACCAAAGCCACCAUGAUGUCGCCUCCUUCUGCCCAAGCAGCUUCCUCAUGGAUGGGAAAAACUGUGGCGACACCGACAACUAGGACAUCUUCUCGACGCACGGCUUCGAUUACUCGGGCGAACGUUGCAGUGACUAUGGCAACGGUCGCACCCGCCAUGCACGCCACCUCCAUGUUUGGACCGUCCUCCGCCUCAUCUAUGUCCCGAGCUUUCAACCACCCUACACCAGCUCUCUUACAACCUAUGAUGAUCAUGAACCCCACCACCGCUCAUCUUGCCGCUGCAACAACGACAAUCACAUCAAUGUCGGCACCAAUAGGCAACAUCACCCACCCGCGUCGCGCGGCCCAGAACCGAGCCGCACAACGGACAUUCCGCAACCGGCGUAAGGCCUACAUCAAGGACAUGGAACAGCGCGUCCUGGAGUUGGACCAGACCCGUCGCUGGAUGGAGGAGGUCCAGGCGGAGAGCCGGGAGAUCUGGAGACGGUUCAGGGUGCUUGAGGAAUUAUUUUCUCAGCAUGGGUUGCCCCUUCCUAACUUUCCUACUUUGACCCUUACCUCGGUGUCAAGUUCUAACGUGGCUGGAGGAUCGGCAGGCUCUGGCGCUAAUGGGCGACAGUCGGGUUCAGAGGUUGAGGAUGAGAACAGGGGUGGGUCUUUGUCCUCUUCGGCAUUGCGCCAACAGCAGCAGCGGGCGCAGCAGCAGCAACAACAGCAGAAGAGUGGGGAUGAUGAGGACGAUGAGGACGAUGAGGAAGACACUAACGACGAUCGGAUCCAGGACCUCGAUAUCCGUCACCCACUCUAG